GACAAGAUGAAUCAAGAAAAAUUGGCCAAACUUCAGGCCCAAGUGCGGAUAGGAGGAAAGGGUACAGCACGUAGAAAGAAGAAGGUGGUACAUAGAACCGCCACAGCAGAUGACAAAAAGCUUCAAAGUUCCUUAAAGAAGUUGGCAGUCAACAACAUUGCAGGGAUUGAAGAGGUCAACAUGAUCAAGGAUGACGGCACAGUGAUCCACUUCAACAACCCCAAGGUGCAGGCGUCGCUGUCUGCCAACACGUUUGCCGUCACAGGCCACGCUGAGACCAAACAGCUGUCAGAGAUGAUGCCAGCUAUCCUCAGCCAGUUGGGGGCCGACAGCAUACGCAACAUGCGCAAACUGGCUGAGACGUUCUCGCGCUGUGCACUUGACAGCAAAACUCUCAAAGAAGAAGGAUUUGUGGAAGAGGAUGAUGAUGAUGUUCCAGAUUUGGUGGAAAACUUUGACGAGGCGUCCAAGAAUGAAGCCAACUGA